UCGGGGGGCAGAGUGGGUGACUGCGGCUCUUCUCACUCAUUUCUUUACUACGUUGCACAGAUACACAGAGAGACACAGGAAAGUACAUGUGGACAAGUGACCAUGGCUGUGUCAGCUCCCGUUAUCCCACCGCCCCCUCUCACACCCACUUCCACCCCGUUAACAGGAGGCUUGUACCGGACCGAUUCGAUGUACCCCAGCCCUUCGGAGUCUCCCAAACUCAGCAGCAUUGGGAACAAUCUCAACAGCGGCAACGAGUGUAAGAUGGUCGAGCUCCGUGGAGUCAAAGUGGCGUCUUUCAAUGUGGACGGGCAGGAGCUGAUCUGCCUUCCGCAGGUUUUUGAUCUCUUCCUCAAGCAUCUGGUGGGCGGUUUGCAUACGGUUUACACCAAGUUAAAGAGACUGGAUAUAACGCCCGUGGUCUGCACCGUGGAGCAGGUCAGGAUCCUCAGAGGACUCGGAGCCAUCCAGCCCGGCGUCAACCGUUGUAAACUCAUAUCCAGGAAAGACUUUGAAACUUUGUUCAACGAUUGCACCAACGCGAGUUCAAGGCCUGGAAGGCCCCCAAAACGUACCCUGAGUGUCACGUUGCCAGAAAAUUCUCGCAUUAUGUCCCAUGCAGUCCCAGGUCUCUUAUCACCAGGAAUCAUCUCGCCAACAGGUUUAACAGCAGCAGCCAUGGCUGAAGCGAUGAAGUUACAAAAGCUGAAGCUUGCAACAAUGAAUAAUCUCCAUGGUAAUGGCAGUCAAAAUGGCACGGAGUCUGAAAAUGAAGAACUUAAUUCUGGUACAGGACUAGAGUUGCCAUUCAUGAUGAUGCCCCACCCCCUCAUCCCUGUCAGCCUACCUCCUGCAUCGGUUACCAUGGCAAUGAGCCAGAUGAGUCACCUCAGCACCAUAGCUAACAUGGCAGUGGCAGCCCAAAUGCACAGUCCCCUUUCCCGAGCAGGAGCUUCUGUUAUUAAGGGAAUGCCACUACAAGCCAGUAAAGGUUACACUCAUCUACUUGGACAACCUCUUGAAUUUUUGUUCUGCCACCAGGAGCGGGUUCAUAAUAGCCCAUCCCCAGCACCAUCCCUUGAAGACAGUCACCGACCUGGAAGUCACCCUUCUUCACAUCAGAGCAGCAGUGUGUCUAGCUCACCAUCCCAACAUGACAUUGCCUCUGACAGAAUAUCUGGUCAGCCUGGGACUAGAGAAGGGGAGCUCACUGACCAUGAUAAUGGACCCAAUAUAAAGAGAAGUCAAAAGGAGAAAGAUGAGACUCAGCUCAUGAUGCCUGCCAUCAGAACCAGCAUUGAAAAGUUUCACAUGGCUGGGCAAGCCUUGCCACCUGGAUUUCCUGCUCCAUUUUUAUUCGCUGAUGGACUAUCUUCAAUAGAAACACUGCUAACCAAUAUUCAGGGCCUGCUGAAGGUGGCUGUAGACAAUGCACGUGUGCAAGAAAAGCAGAUACAACAGGAAAAGAAAGAACUCAAACUGGAGCUUUUCAGGGAGAGAGAAAUGAGAGAAACCUUAGAGCGGCAACUCACAGCAGAACAGCACAAUAGAGCAACAAUUCAAAAGCGACUGAAGAAAGAGAAAAAGGCAAAGAGGAAAUUACAAGAAGCACUUGAAUUUGAGUCAAAGCGACGAGAGCAAGUGGAACAAGCUUUACAACAGGCUACAUCCACAGAAAGUCUCAGGGUGCUCAAUGACGCAGUAAUUCCCGAGAUGGAAGCUGAACACUGUGGGACUCAACUUGAUACCACAGCUACAGUACAAGAUAGAUCAUACAUGAAAACAUCCAUUCUGUAUUGAUGGACAAUUUUUAAAUUGAACUCAACCAUGUACUGACAACGUUUCCACACUCCAGUGAAACCACGGCUGGGUACAGCACGUACUUCAAGCCUCUUUCCUUCAGUGCAGCCUCAGUUGAAACAUUUGUCUACAGGAUUCAUAAUUCAAAAAAAAUUAAAAAUACACCCAAUGUGAUGGAUUAGUGCUGUAGCAUCAUCUGUGCUGCAGGUAAUAUUGCCAAAAUGCAGCAAUGUUUUUGUAACAGGUUAGCUGCGCCAGUUGAUAUACAUAGCAAGAGACAUACUGGCUGGUUAAAAAGUAGUGUGUUAUGCUAUUUUGAAGAACACAUUGAGGGCCAACUUAGACUGAAGUGACUUUAUGAAUUGAUGAAUUUACAGCACAAUAAGCUUGAUUCGAGGCUGUUCAACGCAAUUAGCCCAGAGACAACCGAAGGACUUUGUAAUAGCUGAAGGAAUUCUGCAACAAAACUGUCUAUUGUAAUUAUGAAUAAAGCUUUCUCUGUGAAAA